AUGAAAUUACGAGAAACUGUCUUUGUCUCUCUCUGGUUGGUUUCCUUCAUCAUGAUGAUGAGAUACGUGAAUGGACAAACUGCUCAAGAUCAUUUAGUGACUCAACUUCCUGGUUUGAGUGGAAACAUCGGAGUGAAAUCCUACACGGGAUAUUUGUUGGCAAAUGCCACUCGAGGUCGAUACUUGUUUUAUUGGUUUUUUGAAUCGAUGAGAAAUCCAUCUCAGGAUCCACUUGUCAUGUGGACCAAUGGUGGACCUGGAUGCAGUAGUUUGGGCGGUGAAGCCAGUGAACAUGGUUUAUUCCUUGUCAAUGCAGAUGGUGCAACCAUUACAAGAAAUCCCUAUUCUUGGAAUCGUGUUUCUAAUAUUCUCUAUAUUGAACAACCAGUGGGUGUUGGAUUUUCAUAUUCCAAUUCGACCGAUGAUUAUCAAAAUCUCAAUGAUGUACAAGCUGCUUCUGAUAUGAAUAAUGCAUUGAGAGAUUUCUUGACUCGAUUUCCUCAAUUUAUUGGAAGAGAAACCUAUUUGGCAGGUGAAUCGUAUGGUGGAGUUUAUGUUCCAACAACGGCUUACAAUAUUGUUGAAGGAAAUGGAAAGGGACAACAACCCUAUGUGAAUUUAGUGGGUAUUUUAGUUGGUAAUGGUGUGACUGAUGCUGAAGCGGAUAGUAAUAGUAUUCCACCAAUGAUGAAAUAUCACAGUUUGAUUUCUAUCAAGUAUUAUGAAGAGGGAUAUAAGGCAUGUCAAGGUGAUUUUUAUGCGAAUCAGAAUUUGCCAGCUUGUCAAAAAUUUUUGACAGAUAGUAGUAAUGCCAUGGGAAAUAUUAAUCCCUAUUAUAUUUAUGAUUCAUGUCCAUGGUUAGGAAUCAACUUGCAACAAAAACUCAAAACAACACAAGAAAUGACAUUCCAAGUGUUGGAUCCAAAGACUCAACAACCUGUCAAAAUUCAUCCACUCUUCCAAAUGUAUAAACAUGGUGGAUGGAGUAAGAGAGUUGCCAAUGAAAGAAACUUUGCACCUCGUUUCGAAACUGAUGCUCCUUGCGUUCCAAAUCAAUCCAUUGCAAAGUAUUUCCGUAGAUUGGACGUCCAACAAGCAUUAGGAGUGAGAAGAAAGACUGCCGAUCCAAAUGGAUGGAAUAUUUGUACAGGAAUUAUUAACUACACUCAGGUGUAUUCCACUAUUUUACCUUUCUAUGCCAAGUUAUUGCCUCAUAUUCGUAUUCUUGUCUACUCGGGAGAUACUGACAUGGUUGUUAAUGGUCUUGGAACACAAGCUGCCAUUGACAAGUUGCAAUUACAAGAAACUUCAUCUUGGAGAACUUGGGAAUUUGAUUCAGCCUUAGGAACUGUUGUUGGAGGAUAUAUUCGUAAAUUUGAAAAGAGUGGAAAGGGGUUGACCUUUAUAACUGUUCGUGGAGCAGGUCACAUGGUGCCUCUUGUUAAGCCUGAUAGUGCCUUUUACAUGUUUAAGAAUUUCAUUGAUGGAACAUGUUGUUAA